AUGGAUGGAACCGAGCUUGAAAAUCCUACUUCUAGAAGCUCAUCCCAGAAAUCUAGCCGGCGUUCUAGUAGUAGGCGUUCUCAAAAGUCAUCUGGACAGCAUUCUUUGACCAGUACUCAAGAGAAAAGAAGCAAAUCGAAAUCUUCAAGGCAGAAGCACUUGGUUAUUGACGACGACAAAGAGGCUAAAAAAGGAAAAAACCAUGCCCACAAAAUUGAUGUGGCAGAUGAGAGGUCCAAUUUUCUAGGUUAUGAAGUGUAUGCUGGAAAGCUGAUUUUUGAUAAGAAAAAUAGAAGUGUAAGUGAUAAUAAUCAGUUACCAUCAAACGGAAAAGCUGAUGCAAUUGAUGCUAGACUCACAAGUAAAGCUCUGAUCUGGGGCAGCUCUGUACUCCUCCUGGAGGAUGUCCUCUCUGUAUCAUAUAAUUCGGGAGUCAAACAUUUUACAUUGCAUGCAUACCCAACUAAAAAGUCUUUGUUUGGAAAGACACGCAGAGUUCAGAAAGACUUCUGCUUUAUAGCCUCUACCCUUGACGAGGCCAUUAUGUGGGUGACAUGCUUUGCCGAACAAAGUAUAUAUGUUAAUUUACUACCUCGCCCUGCAGAAUCUAGUAUCAAUCAAGACUCAGACAAUCCCCUCAGUGAGUCUUUAUUCGACCAGCCACCAAUUAAAUGCAAAUCUCCGCAAAGAGUACUUGUUAUAUUGAACCCUCGAUCUGGACAUGGUAGAUCAAGUAAAGUUUUCCAUGAGAAAGCCGAACCUAUAUUUAAGCUUGCAGGUUUUCAGAUGGAAGUAGUUAAAACUACUCAUGCUGGGCAUGCAAAAUCUCUUGUAUCUACAUUUGAUUUCAGUGCAUGCCCUGAUGGAAUCGUGUGUGUGGGCGGUGAUGGAAUUGUGAAUGAGGUGCUCAAUGGUCUUCUCAUUAGAAGUGAUAGAGCAGAAGCUGUAUCAAUUCCAGUUGGAAUAAUACCUGCAGGGUCUGACAACUCACUUGUCUGGACUGUUUUGGGAGUUAGAGAUCCUAUUUCUGCAUCAUUAUUAAUUGUUAAGGGUGGCUUCACAGCUCUAGACAUCUUGGCUGUCGAGUGGAUUCAAUCUGGGCAAAUACAUUUUGGCUCAACUGUUUCAUACUAUGGUUUUCUUAGUGAUGUCCUGGAACUUUCUGAGAAAUAUCAGAAGAAAUUUGGUCCUCUUCGGUAUUUUGUGGCAGGAAUACUGAAAUUUUUGUGUUUGCCUAGCUACUUCUAUGAACUAGAAUAUCUUCCUGUGUCAAAGGAGAUGGCCGUGAAUGGAAAAGGUACAGAUCAAGACAAGACCUACUUGUCCAAUGUCUAUACUGAUGUAAUGCACAGCAGAUCAAAGAGAGAAGGAAUUCCAAGAGCCUCCAGUUUGUCCAGUAUUGAUUCUAUUAUGACUCCGAGUCGGAUGUCACUUGGGGAUGUUGAUACAUCAGGCAGUACAGUGGCAAGCACUGAACCAUCAGACUACGUACGUGGUCUAGAUCCAAAAGCAAAGCGCUUGUCUCUGGGGAGAAGUAACAUUGUUUCAGAACCUGAAGAAGUGCUACACCCUCAACCACAUCAUGGAUCAUUCUGGCCAAGAACCAGGUCGAAAGCAAGGGCUGAGAGAAAUUCAGUUGGUGUAACAUCUACUAAUGACACACGGCUGUCUUGGGCAGCCCCAUCAAUGCAUGAUAAGGAAGACAUUUCCUCAACAAUAUCAGAUCCAGGACCUAUUUGGGACUGUGAACCAAAGUGGGACACAGGGCCAAAAUGGGAUAGUGAGCUAACUUGGGAGCCUGACCACCCCAUUGAACUUCCUGGACCACAAGAGGACAUGGAAAUGGGAGUACCAAUGGAACUUGUGCCAAAUUUGGAUGAGAAAUGGGUAAUUAGGAAAGGGCACUUUCUUGGUGUCCUAGUAUGCAACCAUUCAUGCAAGACAGUGCAAAGUCUGAGUUCACAAGUUGUUGCACCGAAGGCCACCCAUGAUGACAACAGCUUGGACUUACUUUUAGUUGGUGGAAAAGGAAGAUGGAAAUUGCUGAGAUUUUUCAUACUUCUGCAAUUCGGUCGCCAUCUCUCUUUGCCUUACGUUGAAUAUGUGAAGGUGAAGUCAGUUAAACUUAAACCUGGGGCAAACACUCACAAUGGCUGUGGCAUAGAUGGCGAGCUUUGCCGUGUCAAGGGACAAAGUUCACUCCCCUUUUGGCAUGGCGGGAAGUUUGGUGUUUUUGAUUGCCCUUCAGUUCAUGACUUCGUUUCGCCAGUAAUCGUACAAAGUGUACGCUUCGUCCAAUACUGUCAUGUACUAGGCGGCAACCAGCCGAACACCCUAAACAACUUUGCCCAUGUCCAUUACACUAUUGGGAAGGAGAUUGUCGAUCUAUGCCUGGACCCCGUGUGCAAACUUGCAGACAACUGCACUGGGCUGCAGGGAUUCUGGGCAUUCAAUGCUGUUGGUGGUGGUACUGGCUUUGGACUUGGUUCACUGUUAUUGGAGCUUGCCAAGAGUGGUGUGGCCUUCAGAUCAACUGUUACUGCUUGGAGCAAAUUCUUGUCUGAUGCUUUUUGGUGUGUACAGCUAAAAGGAGAUGUUGGGAAGUUGCAGGCUCAUGGCAAUGCAAAACUAGUGGUCAAGAGCAAUACUUGCUUGCUGAAAUUUCUGAUUGCCAAGGUGAUCAGCAUGAGGGUCAAUGAAUUUCAUUUGCUGGGAUCUGAGUGCUGCAUUACUAUACUGGAGCAUCCGAUCUUCAUUUUCCUUGAUAAGAUGGAUAAUUCUUCGGUCAUCUUGCCAAUCCAAAAGAAUGGGAAUGAUCUGGAAGUUAGUUUACUGAAUCAUCAUUGGGAUCUUGCUGGUUCCAACUUCAUUCAGUUACUGUUGAAGGCUCUAGCAAGCUUUAAUAUUUGUGAUGGUCCGGAAAGAUGGCUAGUAGAGCUUGCUGUGUUGUGCGAGUGCAAGAAAGAAGUGGAGAUGCUGCUGCCCUUGACUUCGCCAAUUCCAAUAUUUCCAAAUGUCAGAAACUAUAAUAGAUGCAUGAGUGAAGCUGAUGCAAGUGCUGUUCCAAGCUUUUUGAUUGAUACAACACUGCCACCCAUGGUUCAGUCAAUAAUUUUUUCUGAGAUUUUCCAACCCUUCAGGAGCUUUCAGUUCUCAGUAUGGGUCAUUUCCAUGGACACAAUAGGUUGGCUGGUGUUUGACCGAGGGAAAUGCAUGGAGAACGCCUAUGCUGUGAUAUUGAGGGAAUUGUGGACACCGACCCAGGAAAUGUUGCAGCAUCUAUGGCUUAUUGUUGAGGCAAGAACCAGUGGUGUUACAUCUCACUUGAUCCCAUGGCCACCUCCUGACAGCAAGAUAAGAGUGUUGCAGCUAUGUUUUAGAUAUCUACUUGUUUGUCAAAGUUGGCAGAAAGUGCAAGAUGGAGUUACCGUGUGGUGGUAUGACAUCAAGCUAAUAAACACUGCUAUUCUCGUUGAGGAGAAGCGCUUGCCUUUGUAUGAUGAGUUGACUAGCAAGAUCAAUGUUGAAUAUAUUGCUGGAGGAGCCAUCCAGAACUGUAUCAGGGUUGUCCAAUGGAUGCUUCAAAUUUCUGGAGCAACAAGUUACAGGAAAUGCAUCAAGAAGGACAAGUGUGGUGAGGAGAUGAAGAAAAAUGCUCAAGCUGCAGAAGUUCAUGCUCAUUACUACACCGAUGAGAUUGCUCCUACUGCACAGGGAACUGGGCACUAG